CGAGCGGGAGGCAGCCCGGGAGCGUGAACAGCGCGAACGGGAGCGUGAGCGAGAGCGGGAACGUAUGAUGCACAUGAUGCCUCACUCGCUGCCCCGACCAUUCUUCUCCAUCCCGGGUCUACCGCCGGGGCUGUCGCCGCAGCUCGGGCUCGGUAUGCGCCCGCAGGGACCACUCGGUCUGCCGGCCCACCAUCCGCUCCAUCCAUCGCUCGGGCUGAGCAUGAGUCUCGGAUUGCCACAAGUGCCACAGCCACCGUCGGCGUCAUCGCUCAACUUGACGCACCCAUCGGCGGGGCUGGUCCCGCAGCCGCCACCGCCCGGCAGUGCCCUUGGCCACCCGUCGAUACCGACGAGUCUGGCAGCGGCCGCUGCCGCCUACAGCCACAGCAUCGCCUCGACGAUGAACUCCUCCUACCACUCGUCCAUGGCGCACAUGGGUGGACUGAAUCUGUCCCAUUCGGCAGCCGCGUUGGCCUCGGCCCAGAACCUCAGCCUUGCCGGUCACAUUCCACCACCGGCACACCUAUCGGCCGCCGGUUCACCGGUGCUGCCCGUAGUGUCGUCGGCUAGCGGCGGCGGGGCUGUUGUCGGCGGUGGUCACCAUCUGGCCCCCUCGCCUCAUCAUCUCUCGCCGCACGGCGCUCCGUUGGCGCUAACGUCGAGCAAAUCGUCCACCCAUCCGUCACCACAUCCGGCCACUCGAGCUUCCCCUUCGUCACCGGUGGUAGCGGCCGCCAGUGGUCCCAUCAGCAGUAGUAGUAGUACGAGCAUUAGCAGCGCAGCAGCAGCACCACCGCCACCGCAUCCUUACUAUACGGCCGCGGCUAUGGCCGCUGCCGCUGCAGCCGCUGCGGCUGUUGGUUCACCGCUCUCGCUGAGCAGCAAAUCACACCCAGGGCACGGUGCUCCACCAUCAUCCGUCGGUAGCAAUCAUCAUUUGCAUCAUCUGCAAGCGCAGCAUCAUCAUCCGCCCUUAUCACACCCCGGAGCCCAAACGCAACCCUCACCGCACGGUCCACCGCCUUCUUCGUCACCGUUGUCGUCGGGGCCAGCAGCACCACUACCCCCGGGUAGUAGUCGAAGCAGUGCCGUGAUUACUCCACCCGCUAGUGUUGCCUCUUCGCACUAUCAGGCAGCGGCGGCCGCGGCUGCCCAUCAGCAUCACGUUGCACUGGCGGCCGCUGCAGCUGCUGCAGCCGAUCAGCGGCAUGCUGCUGCUGUUCAUCGUAGUGCGAGUAGUACACAACACCGUAUUGCUGAACCACCGGGCGCACCACAACCUUUACCGCCUACAUCGGCAUCGCAGGCUGCGUCCGGUCCGGAUCACAGUGUAAAUAGUACAAAUGUCGUUAGUAUUAGCAGCAGCAGCAACAGCAGCAUCAGCAACAGUAAUGGUAGCACCAACAACAAUACUAUGGCCUCAAACACUCCGAAUGAGCCAUCGGCUACGAGCAUCGGCUCCAAAUCACGCUCACCACCAGCGGCGUUGGGCGUCGCAUCAAUUGCUUCGAGCAUGCCAGCUGCUGCUCCACCACUCGCUGGUGACACUAUCGCGAACAGCCUUGUCAUCAAAUCGACUGCCGCCAGUGGCGCUACACAGCAACUGGAUGAUGCGGGCGGCGGCGGUAGUGUGAUAACGAAGGGACGCAGUUCAUCCUCACCGGUCGACCGAAAUGCAGCAUCUGUUAACCAAUCGGCAACGGUACCAGCUACUUCUGGUGCAGAUCACCCAGAAACCAAUGGCAGUAUGUCCGAUUCACGACCCGGUUCGCGUAGCAUCGAAACGACGCAAGAUGCAGGGUCGACUGGCGCUGGAGUGGUGAAGGAUACGAAGGAAUCUAUUGAACCUACUGGUGCUCCGGUGCAAGGUAGCAAUGCGAAGGAAGAAGCAACAGGGAAGGAACUAGCGGUUUCGCCUCACGAUAACGGAACCACCAUCAACGAUGGUGCCGCAACCGAGAAGCAGCAUCAUCGACAGCGCCAAUCGCCACCGACGACGAUACCUGGCAAUAGCAACGGAGGUGGGCCACCACAAACACACGGCGCUAGUGGUGCGGCGGAUGGUAACACAUCUGCUCCCACCAAUUCAGCGGCAGCUGCACCCACGGGAGGCAACGACAGCCGAUCCUCUCCAGCGCUGACAUCCAACAAUUCAAACAACAACAACAACAACCAUAGCUCCGGAGCGACCGCAGAUGAUAACAACAAUCCUUCACCGCCAACAGUGGCCGAAAUCGUUAACGGGAAUAGUAAUAGCAAUAGCAGCAGCAACAGCAGUAGCAGCAGCAGUAAUACUAGCAACAGUGGCGGUGGUGGUGGUGGUAACGGUACUGGCCGAGAUAGGAGCCCAACGGUGGCGGGUAACGGUAGCGGCAGUUUCGCCGGCUAGCGAUCACACACCAGAUGCCCUACGCUGCGACGCCAGCACCGCAAAUGAACCCUUUGGCCAUCAAUCAGUGAUAGCGAGGGGUAGGAGAGGGGAGAUCGUUUAUAAAUAUCAGUGUCUACAAGGGGGGAUUUGUAGGGCGAAGCCAUACAGUGAUCACGAUCCAUAUUACUUCUACUAUACGUGAUGCUGUAGUAGGGGACGGCCAAGUGACAAUUGUGAUAAAAAACAAUGAAUCCAAACACGGGCGCAAGCGGAGACCUGCUGUGUUGCGGGUCCGUUGUGAGUAUGUGUCUCAACUGUGUACGUUGUACUAUAGCCAAACUAAGCAGCAGAAAGUUGUUAUAUCCGAGGACGGCGAUUGCAACGGAGGUAAAUCCGUAUCCUGUCCCCUCUCACUCUCCCUCCUGAGAUGAGGUUUACUUCAUUGGCGACGAAAUGGUUGAUAAGGAAAGUGAGAGGAGAGGAUUACGAGCGACUGUGAAUGUAUCCCCUUGGGUUCUUGUAACGAGAUGAUGAGACUAACGAACUGGUGGUUCUGUAAGCAGGGG